AUCGGCUGCUGUCAUUCUGCAGCAGAAUCAAAACAACAAACACUUCCCUGGGCCCGGUGCUCGCAGUUUAUUUGCCUGUUGUAACAGAAAUCUGUGAUAAAUGGCUCAUUCUUUUGCAAACGACCCGUCGGAACCAACGAUUCCUCUCGGCGCAAACAAAGGAGGACCCCAUGGACUCGGAGAUCCCGAGGACCGCCGACUCCGGAAGGUGGAACUGGAGGUGCUGAUACCGAAGAUAAUGCGGGAGCGUGCCAAAACCGAAAAGUGCAUCCCGGAGGUAAAGGCGUUCGAAGAUUGCUGCAAAGGUUCGGGGCUGUUUAUGGUUGCGAAAUGCCAGGAGCAGAACGAUGCACUUAAAGCCUGCAGCAUGGAGUGGUACCGGAACGAGCAGUUCAAGCAAGAGUGUACCGAAAUUUAUUUGGCCGAACGGAGUGAGUUCCGACGAACGGGAUUGCCCAAAAAGUUCCGAAAGAAUGAUGCGACCGGCAAGUAAGGAUUUUCGAUUAUUUUUUAUUGCUAAUUAUCAUUUGAUUCAGAGAAACAAACAAAAAUCAGGUGAUGAGUUCUAGCUGCUUGGUUCUUAAUCCUUGUUGUAAAAUGUGCUGUUUAAAGUUAGGAAUAAAAUGUAAAAAAAUGUA